AUGUUGAUCGAAGUUGAAACUGGAAUGUCGGGAUUUGACUUUGAACUGUCGAAAGAAGGAAAAGCUUUAAAUGUCCAGUCCAAUCUUAGUGUUGAGAAGGCAGGAAUUAAAGAUGAGGAUCUGCUUUACGCUGUCCCAUUUCCUCUUCGCAGAGCAACAGGACAAGUAGCAAUGCACCGUCACACCAAGCUCCUUUGCUUGAUUUCAAGUCAAUAA